UGAUCGCCAACAUCCAAUGACGGAUAUGGCACAAGAAGCAGAAGCAGUAUGCAUAAUAAUAUUUUCCCAAUUUCUAAUCUCUACCUCUUAUUUUCUAACACUUAAAUCAAAUCCCAUAUUAAGAAGUAUACUGUAUCUAUCUAUCAUCUCUUGCCCUUUUUAGUAUUUUAACUCUUAAUGACUUUUUGACAAAUCUCCCAUGCUCCUCCCUUGGAACCUUGUAUCCGCUUACAUCACUCAUAUUUAAUCUGUCUCUACAUCUACCUCUCGCUGUCGAAGCUCUAGAGCACCCAUCCAUAAUUAUUUCAUCAGUUCUGGGAGAUCUUUCUCUUUUUCCUCUAUAUUUUGAUCUCUUAAAGAGCAAUCUACCUGUUCCAUUUCAAGAAUUUUUACUCUGUUUCAUAUCUUUAUGUUUAUGUCAUUUGUUGAUUUAUCUCCUCUAUUCUUCCCUGUUCUCCUUCUAAUUUCUCCUCUAUUUUCUGAUUUUUUUGUUCAUUUUUGAUUGUCAUUUGCUGAGGGAUUCCUAGUCUCACAUCUGUAUUAUGCAUCAGUUUCUUCAUCAACCUAUGGUUCCUUGUCAUAGCUUCCUGAAUACAUUGAAGCUUCAAUAGUAUUUCUUUUUGAAAUGUAUGUUUUUCCCUGUUGCUUUAUUUUAAUAGGCCAAAAGUUACUCAAUAAUCCACCAAUAUUCCAAUUGUCCAGAACACCAAAUAGCCAAUAUUAGAAGAAUUUGCUCAAUCCCGAACUGUUCCUCAGAAUCCACAAUUUUUUUAGUUCUCAAAAUCUGCCCAUUUACUCCCUGUGAGUUAUCCAAAGUUGUAAAAAAUGGAAGUUUUCUUCUUUUGCCUCAUAAGAUGUUCUAUCAAACAAUAUUUAUAAUCCAGAAUGGCCCACUAAAUUUCCCGAUGUCUCAUUAAACCACCAUUUGACCAAGUCAAAUGUUCAGUUUUGAGGACAAUUCCUAUUGUUUAUAAUCCGCACUACUUUGAAGAGCUUCAAAAGGCUCACCAGUUACUCCCAAACAACCAGAAAGCAAAUAGACAUAAAAUGAAAAACAAAAAGACAGUCUCUCAGGUGUUGUUUGCUUUCACUUUGUUUCCCUUCUUAUCAAUUCUGGCUUCCCAUCAAGGCCUUUUUCAACCAUGUAGUAGUAUAGUAUCUUUAUUCACUAGUAGGUGGCAUCCACGCUCUAAGUUCCAGCAUUAAAAAGAAGCAGAAGAUACAACAGCUGUUUGUCAAAUGAUCAAAAGGUCCAUUUUUAAAAUACAAUUUCUUCCAGUAGUCACAUAUUAACAGCAAAUUAAAAUCAUUUUUCACAGUAGUACAAGUUCCAGUCCGGUCUUUCUAUAUUUUAAAACUUCAUUGUCUUCCAUUUAAAUUUCAUUUAUCUUUUGGGUCUAUAAUCUCCAUGUGCUAACUCGCACCUUUCCCAGUGCUUUGGAGAGUCUUUCAAAAAUUCUUUUUUACUUGGGGUUGAAUUUCUAAUACAGUAGUUUAAAAUCGUUUCAUCCAGUUCCAAUGCUCUGUUCACAAACUGCUCCAGCUCAUUAGUAUUUCUUCUUUGGUUGUCCAGCUUCGGUGCGGCCUUAAUAGCUGUGUCUCUUCUUUGUUGGUUGGGAGGGUGCCUUGGAUCAAGUGGCAGAGCGUGAUCAGCAGGGUGUCCCUCCUUUCUUUGUCACCCCUCUGGGGUGACUUUAGCCCGUUAAGGCCUCCUAACGAAAAAGGAUUGGCCGGGAUUUGCGGAGCCACACUACUCACAAUUGUCUUGCUGUGACACCAAAUCGGAUGUCUAACAGAAUUGUUAGCCGGCUAGAUAAUAAUUGGAAAAUAUUUUCCAUGCUGGGAGAAUGCUACAUGAAGAGAAUGCAGCGCAAUGGGAAAAGUCACUGGUCUAUUCUUCAAAAACGGUUGGUCUCUGAUUUCUAUUAAGGCAAGUCAUUCAACUUCAAGCUCAGAAAUAGGGCAUAAUGGAUUGCAACAUGAGCCAGAGAAACAAGGGCAAUUUCAUUCUAUUAGAUUGAAGUUGCUAACCCAAAGCUUAAAAAAAAAACCUUCGUGUGGCAUUACUGGCCUCUCUCAGCAAAACAUGCAUAUUUCCACCCUUCACCUCCACUUUAUUAUAAAAGUGCCCCUUUCAAAAUUCGUGUGUAUAAGGGCAUGAACGCAGGCCCGCGUCACUUUUUCAGUCCAACUCUUUUCUCGCCUUAAGUGAGGGCAAACAGCGCAGGGCUGAGGGGAUCUCCCCGCCUUAUGAAGAAGUACACAGCAGUAACCUUUGUUGCGUUUAAAGGCCAAUGCGCUGCGAGCGGAUGCCUCUCCGGAUACCACGUCCGUCCUGACCCCAGGAACUUCUCCGAGCCCUUUUACCUCGCCCCCGCCUCCUCCUUUCGUGAGGGGCAUGGCGAGGAGGUCGAAGGAAAAGGAGCGCUAGUCGACAACCACGGCGCCAAGGAAAUGCACUCCGACAACUGGGUCUGUCGGGCGGCGCCUGGUUCUUCCCUCGCGCAUGCGUACCUCCGCUCCGGGUUCAGCGUUCUCCAGAGGAUCUGCCUCACGCUCUCUUUUAAGCCCUUCCGCUCCGUUCCCGCGGCUGGUAGCGGAAGUGAACCUAGCUCAGAGAAGAAGACCGAAAAAACCCGAUUCGGGAAGGAAAAGUGGGGAUGCGCUUGGAUUGCGUUGCUGCUGCUGCAGUGGCGAGGAGUCCGAGCCGAGGAAGUGAAAAAAGAAUCUUUCCCCAAGCAGGGCGGCCGACAAUUUGGAAGAGGGAGGCACAAGCGUUUCAUCACUUACCCUGUUCUCACCGAUGUUGCUGUGUUUGAGGUUGCACAUUUUCAACAGCUGCCUAAGGAUGAAAAUGAAAUAAUGAUUCCUGUUCUAACUUCCAAAAAAGCAAGUGAAUUAGCAGUCAAUGAAGUGGCAAGCAUUCUUCAGGCUGAUAUUCAGAAUGGCUUGAAAAAUUGUGAAGUUUGCCAUAGAAGGGCCUUUCAUGGUUGGAAUGAAUUUGAUAUUACUGAAGAUGAACCACUAUGGAAAAAAUAUAUUUCUCAGUUUAAAAAUCCUCUGAUUAUGCUUCUCCUGGCUUCUGCAGUCAUCAGUGUUAUAAUGCAUCAAUUUGAUGAUGCCGUCAGUAUCACUGUGGCAAUACUUAUUGUUGUUACAGUUGCCUUCGUUCAGGAAUAUCGUUCUGAAAAAUCUCUUGAAGAAUUGAGUAAACUUGUACCUCCAGGAUGUCACUGUGUUCGAGAAGGAAAGGUAGAACAUACACUUGCAAGAGACUUAGUUCCUGGAGAUACUGUUUGCCUAUCAGUGGGUGAUAGAGUUCCUGCAGAUUUGCGCUUAUUUGAGGCAAUUGAUCUCUCUAUUGACGAAUCGAGUUUGACAGGUGAGACAACUCCAUGUUCUAAAUGCACUUCUCCCCAACCAGCUGCUAUGAAUGGAGAUCUCACUUCAAGAAGCAACAUUGCUUUUAUGGGAACACUAGUUCGAUGUGGAAAAGCCAAGGGGAUAGUUAUUGGAACUGGUGAAAACUCUGAAUUUGGUGAGGUUUUCAAAAUGAUGCAAGCAGAAGAAGCACCAAAGACACCUUUACAAAGAAGCAUGGAUCUACUAGGGAAGCAGCUUUCCUUGUAUUCCUUUGGUAUAAUUGGAAUAAUUAUGUUAGUUGGUUGGUUGCAAGGAAAACAUAUUCUUGACAUGUUUACCAUUGGUGUCAGCUUAGCUGUUGCUGCCAUCCCGGAAGGUCUUCCAAUUGUUGUAACAGUAACAUUGGCUCUUGGUGUCAUGAGAAUGGUUAAGAAACAGGCCAUUGUGAAAAAAUUGCCAAUUGUUGAAACUUUAGGAUGUUGCAAUGUAAUUUGUUCAGAUAAAACUGGUACACUGACAAAAAAUGAAAUGACUGUAAUUCAUAUAUUCACAGCAGAUGGACUACAUGCUGAGGUUACUGGAGUGGGCUAUAAUAGAUUUGGGGAAGUCAUUGUUGAAGGUGAUAUUGUCCAUGGAUUUAGCAAACCAUCUAUUGGCAGAAUUGUUGAGGCUGGGUGUGUGUGCAAUGAUGCUAUAAUUAGAAACAACACUUUAAUGGGGAAACCAACUGAAGGAGCCUUAAUUGCUCUUGCUAUGAAGAUGGGUUUAGAUGGAAUCCAGCAGGAUUACAUAAGAAAAGCAGAAUAUCCUUUCAGUUCUGAGCAAAAAUGGAUGGCUGUUAAGUGUGUACAUAGAACCCAACAGGACAAGCCAGAGAUUUGCUUUAUGAAAGGUGCCUAUGAGGAAGUGAUUCGAUACUGUACAACUUACAACAACAAAGGGCACAGUUUACCACUUAACCAACAAGAAAGAGAGCAUUAUCAGCACGAGAAAGCAUCUAUGGGCUCUGCAGGACUUAGAGUUCUAGCUUUAGCUUCUGGUCCUGAGCUUGGACAGCUAUCCUUCCUUGGUCUGGUUGGAAUUAUUGAUCCUCCUAGGACUGGUGUAAAAGAAGCUGUUGCUGCGCUUAUUACUUCAGGAGUAGCAAUAAAAAUGAUCACUGGGGAUUCACAGGAGACUGCAGUUGCCAUUGCCAGUCGCUUGGGAGUGUAUUCUAAAAGUUCUCAAUCAAUCUCGGGUGAAGAAGUGGAUGCAUUGGAUAUACAACAACUUUCACAAAUAGCACCUAAGGUAGCAGUCUUCUACAGAGCCAGCCCCAGACAUAAACUGAAAAUUGUUAAGUCACUUCAAAAUAAUGGUGAAGUAGUUGCUAUGACAGGAGAUGGAGUGAAUGAUGCGGUAGCACUAAAAGCUGCAGAUAUUGGAGUUGCAAUGGGGCAGACCGGCACUGAUGUUUGUAAAGAAGCUGCUGAUAUGAUCCUGGUGGAUGAUGACUUUCAAACAAUAAUGUUUGCUAUUGAAGAGGGUAAAGGAAUUUAUAAUAAUAUUAAAAAUUUUGUUAGAUUUCAACUUAGCACGAGUAUAGCUGCAUUGACAUUAAUCUCAUUGGCCACAUUAAUGAACUUUCCUAAUCCUCUCAAUGCUAUGCAGAUCUUAUGGAUCAACAUUAUCAUGGAUGGGCCUCCAGCUCAAAGUCUUGGUGUUGAGCCUGUAGAUAAAGAUGUUAUCCAAAAACCUCCACGAAAUGUUAAGGACAGCAUUUUGACCAAAAAUCUGAUCAUUAAAAUUCUAGUUUCAUCUAUAAUUAUUGUAUGUGGAACACUAUUUGUCUUCUGGAGAGAGCUACGGGACAAUGUUAUAACACCCAGAGAUACAACAAUGACUUUCACUUGCUUUGUAUUUUUUGAUAUGUUUAAUGCAUUGAGUUCGAGAUCUCAGACUAAAUCUGUAUUUGAAAUUGGACUUUGCAGCAACAAGAUGUUCUGUUAUGCAGUUCUUGGGUCUAUAAUGGGUCAGCUGCUGGUAAUCUAUUUCCCUCCACUUCAGAAAGUUUUUCAGACAGAAAGUCUAAGCAUAACAGAUUUGCAGUUUCUUCUGGGCCUUACCUCUUCCGUGUGUAUAAUAUCAGAGAUCAUAAAGAAGGUUGAAAAAAGCAGGGAGAAGACCCAAAAGCAUGGUAGUUCACAACACUUGGGAUCAUUUCUCGAUGUAUGAUGCACAUUGCAUUCUUUACCUAACUAGAAACUGCUGUUUAUGUACAAGGGAGAAACAAUAUAAAGGGCUUUUGACAAACCCUUCUCCCUGAAGGAUAAUAAACUUUGGUAAAAUUAAAGACUGUUUAAUUCUAAACUUCCAGAUAGGGAGUAAUAAAUUAUGCAAUUUUGGUAAUUUUUCCCCUCAAAGGUAAUUUUACUUUCCAGAUUGAUGGAACUUUGUAAUAUGAGAAAGACUACUUUAAAAGGAAACCUAUGUCAAGAGUUUGGCCCACCUUUUUUUCUUAACAGAUGUAUGUCUAUAGAAAUAAAAAUUAGAUGAAAUAUGUUUUAUGGUAAAGGUGAUGGGAUUUGAUUAUGGAAAUAUUUGAGGUAUUCCAUUUAUCUGGAUUAGGGGUGGUGUCAAACUUGUGGCGAUUCGUGACGUAUCAGGACUUUUUUCCCCUUUGCUAAAUCAGGCGUGGGUGUGGCCAGUGCGUGAUGCAUCUGGCCUGUGGGCCGCAAGUUUAACAACCCUGAUCUAGACUGAAUUAUCUAGACUGAAUUACAAGAGUGCCAUUUUUCAGCUCCUGUAUUUAUUUCCAUUAUUCUGCAUUGUGUACCAUGGGUUUUUCUUUUUGUAUCCCGAUCCUUUUUUGCACAGGAUGUAACUGUCAGAUCACUGUCUUUUCUUUCUUUUUGUGACUGAAAAGUCUAUAUUGCAAUUUUCAAGUAAAUGUUUGCUUUCCUUAAAA